AGUGUAAAUUUUCUGUCCAUUGUGCUCGGAAAAUGUGUGUAAAGAGGUGUCUCAAAAGUGGGAGACGCAAUUAGAGGCUAUAGUGCUAUUCUGGAUUUUGACAAAGUUGUAUAUACCUUUCUGGGCUCUUCCUCUAAUCCCCCAAGAGAGUUACCAAUCAGUAUAAAGUUAUUUUAGCUCGUUAUUUCUCUUAAGGCAGUAAACCCGGAAAGCACAUCUACAGGAGUUGUCGUCUGUGAACAAUUUGUGAUCAAAAGUGCAAUAAAAAAAGAAUGUUUUGUGCAAAAUGUAGAUUUAUGUGAAGAAUUUUUGGCGCGAAAAUGCCUUAUUUUGUUAGUGAUGAAGAAAAGUUGCAAAAAAAAUCAACAAAAAAAUCGUGUGAUAGCUCAUCAGAAAAUAAUUUAUUGCUGUUCAUGUUGCUGAUGUUCAAAUGAACAUAUUUUGCAAGAAAAGAAGUGAAAGUUUUAGCACCGAAAAAUGCAUAAAUUCAUGGUGGUGAAGAAGUCACCGCGUGAAUUGGAGCAGGACGCACCAUCAUCAUCGCAGAAAGUCUCAUCCUUGGACAGAGUAAAGUCAUUCGAAGAAGUUCCUGUGAUUAAAAUGUGUGGCUAUCUGAAAAAGAAAAGAAAUCGAGUGGGUGGUUGGCAAAAAUUAUGGUUUAUUCUGCAAAAUCAAUUACUUCUUUCAUACAAAUCACGUGAGGAUUAUGAAAAGAAACUUGCCCCCUUUCGUGAUGUCCUCAAUCUUGUCCCAGGCACUGUAAUUCGUCCUGCAUCAAGGAUUCGUUUCACAAUUGAAUCAACCUCAAACAUAGUCUAUACAUUUCGUUGCAACGACACCAAAGAAUGCUCUCAGUGGAUCAGUUCAAUUGUGGAUAGUCUCAAUCAACAGCACAGCGGAAAUGCAAGGGCGGGCUUAGCAUUACUUUCCACAUCAGUGGAAAAAUGCGUAAGACUGCCAAAGUUGCCAAUAAUUAAAAAUACAGCACGUAUUCUCAAAUAUCGCGACUUUGACGAUGAGACCUACACAGACGACGAGGAAAAUGAAGAAACUGAAAUCACAGAAUACGUGAAUGCCGUUAUUCAGGAUUCUGGAUUGUAUGAGGGAAGCAACCCAAGUAGGGGAAAUGCAGUGAAUCAGUGUCUCGAAUACCAUCGCAGUGGCAAGAUGUUUUCAUGCACUAUGAGUGCAACAGCAUGUAGUGUGUCCCACCUCCGGAACUACAUUGAAGAGAAAAUUGACGAAGACAUUCUCGAGGAAAGUGCGGAGGCAUUAGCUGGAAGUAAACAAGAUUACCCAAGUGACACUGAAGAGCAAACUCUGUGCAUAACGCUGGACGAUAAAAUUUCCCUAGCAUGUGAUGAGGAUGAAAGUGAAAUUUCAAAUGAGGGAAAUACAUUAAAAAAUGAGGAGCCUAUUUAUGCUGCAGUCGACCUCAGAGAUAAAUAUGCAAGGAGGGCUAAAAUAAAAGAAGAACAAGAAAGGGGGAAAAACAUUUCCAGUGAUUACGAAGAGAUUGUCAACUUGCCCACAUUGCCGGAAAAUUGCGAAAAAAUGAGAAAAAGUACCGAAUCCGAUGAAGAGGAUAACAUCUAUGAACCUAUUGAAAUCGCGAGUGAUAUGUCCUAUGAUAGCAGAGAAGGACGCAAUGGGAUGUGGAAGUACUUUUCCAGUCGCAUAAACAUGGAAAACUUUACGGAUUUCACACGGAGGCACCGAAGACGUGAAGAGAGUACCUCGGAGCCGCAUCCAUUUUCAACAUCCUUAGCUGAAUUUCGCAAAAGAUGGGGCUCACACAGAAGUUCCAUCAAGAAUCGCAUGAAGCGCAUCUAUAGCCGUAGGAUGACCAAAUCUAUGCCUGAAGUUGGUGGAAAAUCCCAAAAUGAGGAGAGAAAACUAUUUAGGAGUCUGUCGAAAUUCAAAUUCCCACGUGCUGCAUCGCUCCUAGAUGAUUUGGCAUCCAGAAAGCGUCUUGUCGAGGAGACACCACCACCAUCUGGAGGGAUUACAAAAGAGAUAUCAGAGAAAAGUGAAGUUGAUGGUCUUCCCGAGGAAAAAGUCGUGUGCCAUAGCACAUUUUAUUACUAAAAAGUAUUUUUCAUCUUUUUUAUAAAAGGGAAGAAUAAUAUACAAUUUUCUAGAGGGA